AUGUCCACAAAAGAUGUUUUUGUUUCAUGUCAGAGGUGUAAAGAGCAGCCUAGUAUAAUCAGGUCAAGAAAGGAACUGUUCUGUAUCCAAUGUUUCCACAAAUUUAUCGCAUUAAAACAGCGUAAAAUAUCAAUGACCGAAUUUAGCCAGGUUUUUAAAGUUGUUUAUCCAGAUAAAAAUUGUAUCAAUGUUGAUGAUUUUAAUGCUCCAAAUACAAAAAUAUUGGUUCCAUGUUCGUUUGGUUCAUCGUCUUUUACUUUACUGUCAAUAAUAAUUGAUCAUCUAAAGGAACAAUUCCAGCAACAUAAAAAAUUUGCAUAUUCUGUUGAAGUUUUGACUGUAUAUUAUAACAACGAACAAUUGAAGCAUUUUAAAAAAAAUAUUUCAAAUGUUAAAAAAUUGUAUUCUUUGAAUCAUUCCGACAAUAAAGAAUUAAAGGAUAAUGUGCAAUUUAAACUGUUGAAUAUGAACGAAUAUUUUGAUGAUAACUCGGAUAUUAUUAUCAGAUUAACCGAUGAUUAUCACGACUACAUUUGCCAAAAUAAUAGUGACCAUAGAACCAAAGAUUUAAGUCACUUCCUAGCUAGUGCCGAUUUUAAUGGGAAAAAUGCCUCUUCUAAAGAAGACUUUGUAAAUAUACUAAAGACCAUAAUAAUAAAAAGAUAUUACAACAAAGCCAAUGCUAAUGCAUCUACCAGGUUUCAGUGUUUAUUAUGGGGCCACUCUAUGACCAGACUAGCAGACCAAAUAAUAUCUCAGAUAGUAAAGGGUAGAGGGUCAUCAAUUGCCACUGAAAUAAAUGGAAACUUGUUCCCAUUGCGUGAUGUAUUUUUAAGUGAAGUUGACGCAUACAUGAUAACUUUGGUUUCAUUAUAUAAUAAUAAACAUUUUGGAAACGGCGACUUUAUAGACAUCGAUGAUUUGUGCUUCGGUUACAAACCUAAACCAGUACUAAUCAAUCCAACUUGUAUAAAUAAUAAUAAUGAAGAUGAUGAUGAUGAUGAUGUGAACAAUAAAAAUAUUCUGAAAUACACCAAAGAGGACAAUUCCAAAAGUGGUGCAGUCAAUACAUCAUUUAAAACAAUUAAUCAAUAUGCUAGAGAAUAUUUCGAUAAUAUUGAGGAUGGUUAUUCGAAUGUCAUUUCUACAGUUGUUAGAACUGCUCUAAAAUUAGACACACCAAGUAACAAUACUGUCACAGAUAUCAAAUGCACAAUAUGUCAAACUCCGUUAUACUCUGAUCCUACUAAAUGGUUACAUGAAAUUACAGUCAACAGCCCAAGUCCAAUUGCCACAGAAGAAGAAAAACAACUAUAUGAUAUUUGGUUAAGUUCUCAACAAAAAAAUAACCAUUUUAAUACUGUCUCCACGAAUGAUGCCCCUGGAAUCGAUUCACGCUUAUGCUAUGGUUGUAUUGUUACAUUAAAUACUUUACCGCAUAAGGAAAUUUCUUGGAUAUCAGAAUCUAAAAAUGAUACAGAUAUUUUGAAUGAAUAUAUUCUUACCGACGAAGAAUGGGAAGAUGACAGUGAGUAA